GAUAAGAAGGACUUUUGGAAUUCCAGUCGAAUCUCAGCCUACUUGAGUGGAGUGGAGAGGAAUGAUGAUAUGCUCAUUCUAGACCUUUACUCGGAGUCGAAGCCGCAGUGGCAACGAACCAAGUCGUAUUUCGGAAAGCCCUGGAUCUGGUGCCAGUUACACGACUUCGGUGGGAAUAUGGGCAUGUACGGGCAAAUAAUAAACAUCACAUCGAAUCCUAUCGAAGCUUUGCAUCAAUCUAAUUCGCUUGUAGGGCUCGGGCUCACCAUGGAAGGCCAGGAAGGCAAUGAGGUCGUAUAUGAUUUACUGUUAGACCAGGCUUGGUCGGCGAAACCGAUUGAUACGCGGACAUACUUUCGAGAUUGGGUCAGAAGCCGAUAUUCCGGAAACAUUUCAGUACCGAAUGAACUGUAUACGGCGUGGGACCUGAUGCGCAAGACGGUCUAUAAUAACACUAAUCUCACGACAUAUUCAGUUACAAAGUCGAUCUUUGCGAUUUCGCCGGCUAUCAAUGGCUUGGCUGGUCGUGUUGGUCAUUUUCCUACUCCUACAUCUAUUAAUUAUGAUCCAAGUGUUUUGAAUGAAGUAUGGGCUUUGUUUAUGAAUGCGACGAGGAAAGAACCGUCACUCUGGCAUAACCCCGCAUAUGAAUAUGAUAUGGUUGAUAUCACCCGUCAGCUAAUGGGAAACGCUUUUGUCAAGGUCUAUUCCGACCUUAUAAGUUCAUGGAAGUCGUCAAGAGAGAGCAGAACCGCGGAACUCACCUCGCGGAGCCAAAGGCUUCUUGAUCUGCUAGCGGCAAUUGACAAAGUCUUGUCAUGCAAUGAUAACUUCUCCCUGUCAACUUGGAUCUCGAGCGCCAGAGACUGGGGAGACACCAUGGAAUCAAAGGACUUCUUUGAGUAUAAUGCCCGAAAUCAAAUUACUCUGUGGGGUCCUACCGGGGAGAUCAGCGAUUAUGCGUCUAAGGCCUGGGCGGGUCUUAUCUCUUCUUACUACAAGCCUCGAUGGUCUAUUUUCGUGGAGUAUCUUGGUGAGAAGAAUCAGACGGGCUACAAUGAGACGGAACUCGAAGGCAAGCUAAGAGAAUUUGAGUUAUCAUGGCAAGAGCAGAGUAGGGAGCCAGGUAUAUCUUGGGCAAAUUCCUCCUGCAGAGGACUUGAAGUACUCCUCGGGAAUGUGUCGCAAAGUUGGCCAUCGAUCUUUGGAGAUCAUGUUUGAGAUGGAGGCCACCUACUCAGCAAUUAGACUUUAUCAUCGGAAGAUACUGUCUUCCGCGUCGUCUACCAAAUGUCCGCUCAUGCGCUUCCGCAGUAACGAGUACCUCGAGUGCCUCCGGCAUACAUUUUGAUAUAUAAAGAUCGGUAUACAAAGAGAUACAAAGAGCUAUAACGGGGGCCACUAGAAUAUAAUGAAAUAUGGAAGACCUCAAGC